AUGGAAGGGAAAGUUGCAGUCACAGCGCUGAGAAGCGAUCAACUGAAGAAGCUGCCAACAAAGCCUACAAAGAUCUCCCAGUCUGGGUUUGCCAUGGGCAGUCAGACGACGGAGAAAGCCUCAGCCAUAUCCGCCAAACUUGGGUGGAGUAAACCUAAAGAAACAGCUCCAACUCUUGCUCCAAACACCCUUUCACUAGCAGGAGCUUUGAGUGAAGAUGAAGAUCCAGAGGAAAUGCCCCCAGAAAGGAAGAUGAGGAUUAAGAAUUCUGGAAGCGAUGCACCAACAUCAGCAGGAGCAAACUCCUCUAACGAAGGAAAACAUGGGUUUUCUGAUAACCAGAUGCUAUGGGAGGGAAACAUAAAAUUUCAUUUUGGCAACGUCCAUGACCCACACAAUUAA